ACCAUUCUUCGCUCUCUGAGCCCUCUUCCUCCCUCUAUUUUUUCGGAGAAAUUAAAAACAAAAAACAAAAAAAGAAAAAGAAAAUCCUUCCUUCAUAUAUUCGAUCACAGACCCUAUCCCUAAGGGCUAUCCUUCUCUCUUUUUUUUGGGGUUUUUUUUCUUGGCUUUUGUUUCUGUUUGUUCACUUCAAAGUUCUCGAUUUAUUUUCCAAAAGUUUUUUUUUUUCGAAAUUCUUUUCUGAGAUACCAAUGGCGGCGGCGGCGAUAUCGGCUCAGACAGCUCCAGCGUCAGUGACUUCUCAGCAUGUGACGACGGGGUCGGAGGUGGCGACUGUGGCGCUCGCGAACCCGUCGCUGUAUGUGGGGGAUCUCGACCCGAGCGUGGACGAGGGGCAGCUGCUCGAUGUGUUCGGCCAGGUGGCUCAGGUCGUGUCCAUUAGGGUUUGUAGGGAUCAGACCCGGAGGUCCUCUCUCGGCUACGCUUAUGUCAAUUACGCCAACGCUCAGGACGCUGCCCUUGCUAUGGGGGUUUUGAAUUAUACUCCUAUAAAUGGGAAACCUAUCAGGAUUAUGUAUUCUCAUCGAGAUCCUAGUGUUCGGAAAAGUGGAUAUGCCAAUGUUUUCAUUAAGAACCUGGACACAUCAAUAGAUAACAAGGCAUUGCAUGAAACUUUUGCUGCCUUUGGGACUGUCCUUUCUUCCAAGGUGGUCGUUGACAGCAAUGGUCAGUCAAGGGGUCAUGGAUAUGUACAGUUUGAAAAUGAGGAAUCAGCACAAAAUGCAAUCAAACAAUUGAAUGGCAUGCUGAUAAAUGAUAAAAAGGUUUAUGUUGGACUUUUUGUUCGACGUCAAGAAAGGUCUCAAGCAAAUGGAUCGCCAAAGUUUACUAAUGUUUAUGUGAAAAAUCUGCCUGAAAAAACUACUGAUGAAGACCUCAAGAAACUUUUUGGCACCUAUGGUACAAUCACCAGUGCAGUUGUUAUGACGGACUCAAAUGGGAAGUCCAGAUGUUUUGGUUUUGUAAACUUCCAGAGCCCAGAUGCUGCUGCUGCAGCAGUUGAUAAGUUGAAUGGGGUUGCGGCCAUUGAUGACAAUGUUUUAUUUGUAGGGAGGGCUCAGAGUAAAGCAGAAAGGGAGGCAGAAUUGAAGGCCAAAUUUGAACAGGAAAGAAUUAGUAGAUAUGAAAAAUUACAAGGUGCUAAUUUGUAUCUGAAAAAUCUUGACGACAGCAUCAAUGAUGACAAGCUGAAGGAGUUAUUCUCUGAGUUUGGAACGAUAACGUCAUGCAAGAUCAUGCUUGGUCCACAAGGUCAGAGCAAAGGAUCUGGCUUUGUGGCAUUUUCUACACCAGAGGAAGCUGCUAAAGCUCUGGAUGAAAUGAAUGGAAAGAUCAUUGGACGGAAACCUCUGUAUGUUGCUGUUGCCCAGCGGAAAGAAGAGAGAAAGGCUCGGCUCCAGGCACAUUUUUCUCAAAUCCAAGCCCAUGGUGGGAUGGCUCCGUUGCCUUCGGGAAUUCCUGGAUUUCAUCCUGGGGCGCCUAGAUUUGCUUCACAGCAGUUGUAUUUUGGUCAAGGUAAUCCUGGUCUGAUACCCCCUCAGCCUGCGGGUUACGGCUUCCAACAGCAACUUUUACCUGGAAUGCGACCGGGUGUUUCUCCAAACUUCAUUAUGCCAUACCACCUUCAGCGGCAAGGACAACCAGGGCAGCGGAUGGGUGUGAGGCGAGGUGGAAACCUUCUACCGCAGCAGUUAAUGCAUCGUAACCCUCACCAAGGCCCUAGAUAUAUGGGAAAUUCUCGAAAUGGCAUGGAUGCAUCUGUGGUUCCUCAAGGUGUUGUGGGUCCAGUGAUGCCAGUGCCUUUUGAUGGUUCAGGGAUGCCAGUGACUUCUACUGAUAUCCAAAGACCUGGACGAGUGCAUAUCUCAGCACUUUUAUCAGCUUUGGCUUCUGCUACCCCAGAGAAUCAGCGAGCAAUGCUCGGUGAACAACUUUAUCCCCAUGUUGAGAAGCUCGAGUCCAAUAAUGCCUCAAAGGUGACUGGGAUGUUGCUGGAGAUGGACCAAUCUGAGGUAAUCCAUCUCCUUGAAUCUCCAGACGCUCUGAAACAGAAGGUGGCCGAGGCAAUGGAAGUCCUCCUUAAAGCUGCAUCAGAGUCUGGUGUUAGUGAUCAGCUAGGCUCAUUGGCUGAAUGAUUGAAGCAAAAUGGAAAUUUUUUUUUUCUUUUUUUUUUUUCUGUUUGUGAGCCCAUAUUUUACAGGGCUUAAUGAGGUUUCAAUUGUUUCUGGGAUUGUCUCCAAAAUUACUGCUUUAUUUUGUGGGGUUACAUUUGGCAACUUGAUUGAAGGCAUUUUAAGGCUACAGAUCGGAGUGGAGAGUAUCCAAGGGCCUGGUCUUAUUAGGAUUUGUCAGCAUUGUCCUGUUUACUUAGAUUAUUAUCAUUAUUAUUCUUGUUAUGAACUUUUAGGAGUUAAGUUGGGAUUUUGGCAGACCUUUUUUUUUAAUCUCCUUGCUUUGUCAU